AUGUCGGCUAAUAUUUCCCAUUUAAAUGGCGAUCGAUCAGGUAAUUAUUGUCAUAAUAAGUUUAAUUUACAUUUUUAUAAGGUACUUGAUUUUUGAUUUUUAGGUAUCUUGCGGCGCAAGUCACCUAAUGAGCCGUUGGAAAGAUUCACGGAGGCCAAGAAGGCUAUGGGUGAAAUUUACAAAGAUCUGGACGAGUUUAUAAAUGACCUUUACAAUGCUUAUCAGAGUAAGCCUGUAUUAUUAUUUCUUACAAAGAUAUAAUAACAUUUAUUUGUUACAACGUUGUUAUUGGAUUUGCUUUAGACUUACGUGAGUCUGUGAAGAUUGGGGAAGAAAAAGUGGCAGAGGUACAACAAUCUCGCGACAGUAUUAAGGUGAUCAAAGACAUGUUCUCCAGAGACAAGAUGAAGGUCGUGUUCUUCGGAAGGUAUGUUUGUUACUUUGAAAUAUUAGUCGACUUUUAGGCGAAUAACUUAAUGAUAUAUUUUUAGAACAAGUAACGGUAAAAGUACAGUUAUCAAUGCUAUGUUACACUCAAAAGUGUUGCCUCAGGGCAUGGGGCAUACUACUUGUUGUUUUUUACAAGUUGAAGGUGGAUCGGAGAACGAAAAACAUUUCAAGGUAGAGAACAGCGAAGAGAAGAUUCCGAUUGAGGAUCUGGAUGACGUUGGUCACGCGCUGAGUACUGGAAACUCAAAGUUGAAAGCCAUGGGGCAAGAUUCUCUGCUCAGAAUCUUUUAUCCUAAAGCUGGUUCCAAACUUUUGCAAAACGAUGUUGUCAUUGUCGACAGGUAGGUGAUGUUAAUAAUGUUUUGAUUUAACGCUACUUAUAGUCCUGGCGUUGAUUUGUCUCCAGAAUUUGAUGGUUGGAUUGAUAAGCACUGUGUGGAUGCAGAUGUCUUCGUAUUGGUUUGCAAUGCUGAAUCUACGCUGACUCAAGCAGUAAGUUGUCUUAUGUGUGUUAGUUAACUGAUAUUCAGGAAAAAAGCUUCUUCCAUCGUGUCAGCCGGAAGCUUUCUCGACCAAAUGUCUUUAUCUUGAACAAUCGCUGGGAUGCUUCAGCUUCUGAACCUGAGAAGCAACGUGAGAUGGUGAGAGGACAGCACAGAACACGGUUCGUUCAGUUCUUGGUUGAUGAGUUGAAGACGUGUACGAAGGACGAGGUCGACAACCGUUACUUCUUUAUUUCAGCCAAAGAAGUUUUGGAGAGCAGACUUAAGGCUAAAGGAGAACUCGAACAUUGUAAGUUACUGUAAUUUAAUGUAACGUGAUGACAAUUUAAAAUUUACAACCUUUUCAAUGCUUUCAGCGUACCAACAAGAAGGUUUCCAACGCCGAGCAAUGGAAUUCAACGAGUUUGAGAACAGUUUCGAACAAAUCAUUUCAAAGUCAGCUAUCAAGACAAAGUUUGAAAACCAUGACAGAAGAGCUCGGGAAAUGAUUCAAGGUCUUGCUCACAACAUUGACACUGUUAAGACGGCGGCAGUGCACGAAAGGUAAUUUUAAUAUCUAAUAAUCUUAUCUCUUUACAGUUUUACUAUAAUAGUUUAGGUAACAUUUUUUAUACUUUUAGGCAAAACUUGGCUUUGAAGGCUGAAUUGAAGAAGAAAGAGUUCUUGAAGUGCAGGGAAUCUUUUGCUGUUUUCGAAAAGAAAUACUAUGAACAACAACAAAACAUCCGCGCGGAAGUACAUCUUAAGGUUUCUGCUGACUUCUCAGAAGAAAUUACACGCUUGGAAUCUAUUAUCGACCGCUUUAAUGACCGGUUUGUGGACAAUCCAGAUCAGAUUCAAGUGUACAAAGACAAAUUGGCAGCUUUUGUUGAAAGGGAAGUUAAGACCAAUCUCGAAGACAAAUGUAGUGGCGGACUGAUGAGCCGGAUCUGGACAUUAGAGAAUGAUCUACACAGUGAGUCUUGCUUUGGGUUUUAUAUUUUUAGGUAAUAAUUUAUGUUACAUCUAAAACUUAUAGAGCAUGUAUCCGAGAUUUUGGGACAAGAAUAUGCACCAAAGCUGAAUGAUAUGUGGAGGUAUCGACAGCCGUUUAAGUUCAGAAUUGUUUUGGACUGCCAAACCUUGUUGUCCGACUUCCAGGAGGACCUGGAGUUUCAUUUCAGUUUGGGGCCAGAAGCCAUUAUCAGAAGAGCUGUAGCAUUUUUCUCGGGAAAACCGAUCACAGCAUUAGGAAAGGAUUAUUUGACUGGAGGAACGGUAAGUAUUACUCACGACAGACCUGUUUGCUUUAAUGUCUUUGAUAAAAUUUUCAAUAUACAAUUAAUUUGACGAUUUCAGCCACAAGUGCAUCCUCGAGCUAAAAACGCCACUGAUCAUCAGUCGUUGAACGACCAGUUCAUGGUCGAUGUGAUCAGAAGCUCUGCAUCUUAUUUAGCCAAUGGUAGCAUUGGAAUCGUUCUAGUGUCUACCUUAAUAUACAAAAGUGUGGGUUGGAAAGUGAUUGGUUCUGGUGUAGCUGUCUACGGUGGUCUUUAUGCUGUCGAAAGAUUGAGAUGGAAUUCAGCUGCCAAAGAGCAACAUCUGAAGGAUCAGGUUAGAGCUCAUUUGAGUGCUGGAAUGAAGCAAAUGGGAGGUAUUCACACUACACAGUGCGAGAACCAGGUUUCUCAGUAAGUAGUAUAUACAUAUCUUUUUUUCAGCGUUUCAUUGUAAAUAAUUUGUUUUGUGCUUUAGAGAGUUGAAUGAAGUGCAUCAUGGUCUAAAGAUCACGGUAGGAGGAGUCCACAAAGAAAUGAAGGAUUCUUGUGAUGCCAUUACUAAUAGGAUUGGAAUCGUGGAUGAAGUAGUGAAACAAUUGAGCUCAUUAAAGUAAGUGACAUAAGAUAACGGAUUGUAAUAUUGCGGCAAAGGACGCUUUAUAAGUCUUUUCAUUUCAGAGGCAAAACCAACUUCUUGUUGAGUUCGAUUGACGCAUUUGCAACAAAGUUUCUGGCUACCGAGUGA